AUCUGGAUAUAAACUAAAAGGUCCCGUGGAUUUAAAAUUCCAAAACAUAAAUGGCGGAGUAAAAACACGUUUUACGGUGUACCUACGGAUAAAGUGUCAUGCAUGAUUUCGAAAUAACGACAUGCAAAAUAUAAACGCCAUUAGUAAGGAUGGCGAAGGAAUAAAGUGUGUAACCAAUCGAGAAAACUUGGCGAAGAAACAUUUUAAGAUCAGAUGUUGGCUUGAAGAAAUCUUUUCUUCCAUACCAUCUUAUGAAGUCACUGAAGAAACUAUUGCUUUUUUGCAUGCUUUCUUAGAACAAAAUAAAGCUAUGAACAGACUGGCCACAUUUCAUUGUGUUGACAUUCAAACGAAAAGCGAAGAAUAUAAACUUGAAGGCGAACGCAUUAAAAACAUGCUGACUGCUCUUGGGCUAUCCAUACCCACCUUAUCCAAUGCUGGCAAAUCAAGUGUGAAAUCGUUAGCUGACGUUGCCAUGCUGCUUGACAUAAAAGAUACUCAAAAAUCAAGUUAUCUUUUAGCAAUGAGUAAUUUGGCAGAUGAUAUCCAGAAUAUUGAAAAUCUUGCAGCGAAGAAAGAAGAUGAAUUCAAUAAGCUUGUCUCACAAAUGACUGCUUCUCUUCAGAAUGUAAACAAUGUUAAGAGAUAUGGCUCAAAAUAUGAAGAAGAACACACGAUUGACGAAUCAAUAGCUGAAAAGAGGAGAAAAGAUACCAUUAAUCUUAGAAACAAGGCAGAUAAUUAUGCUAGCCAGAUAAUUGCGUCUGAGGUGGAGAGUGAUCCUCACAUCACGCAUGAAACCCUCCUUCGUUUAGCUCAAGAGGUGAAAGAACUGAAAUCUGAAGUGCAACCACUCCUUUCGAAAUAUAAGAUGUACAGAAGCCUCCCUCCGGAUGUCAACCUGGCCAAAGUAAAGAUAGAGGAGGCAAAGAGACAACUGAUGAAAUUGGAGGCGCAACUUCAAACUGAUAUCGAUUUAUUAACGUUGUGAUAUCGAUUCAUUAACGUCGUGAUAACGAUUCAUUAACGUCGUGAUAACGAUUCAUUAACGUCGUGAUAACGAUUCAUUAACGUCGUGAUAACGAUUCAUUAACGUUGUGAUUUUGUAACUAGUGUGAAAAUAAUUGUUUUCAUUGCCA